AACCCACUGCAAGGACAGGAGUACAUUUCUCCAACUCUGGCCUACUUCUGCACAGUGAAAUCAUAACUCCAAGCUCACUGGAUUCCAAGGCCACUGCUCCACAGAGAACAGGAAACAUUUGAACCAAAGCCAAAAAUGAUAAAAGCAUUAUUUGUCUGGGUGCUAAGACUACUGGCAUCAUUUUUCUCUGUACCAAAUGAUCUGCCCCUUGACAUGGCCAAUAAAUCUGUGGAUGAUGCAUUUGAAGGCUGCAGGGACCAAAUGCGUGAACUAGUGAUAAGGAACUACCUCCAACAGGAGUUAAAUUCUUCAACACACUUUGCAACAGUUUGGAAAACUGCAAUUGAUAAGGUCAACUCAACAAAAUCUGAACUCAACAAAACUCAGGCUGCUGCCAUAUAUGUGUACACACUGGGAGGACAAAAGCAAGUAUAUCAGCUCUUUAAUAAUGCAUGUCGUAAUGGAAAAAAUAACUACAUAAAUGGUAGUUUUCAGUUUUACUCAUUGUAUUUCUUUUUGACUGAUGCCAUUCAAUAUCUUAAAAGCAAUAAUCCAUUCUGUUUAACCUCAUAUCGUAGAACUAAGGUUGCAUUUAAAACUGAUGUUCUAAAUCAGGAAAUUCGAUUUGGGUCUUUUACGUCCAGCUCUUUGCUACAAAACCUUAGUCAUUUUGGUCACAAGUCCUGCUUCAUAAUUCACACUUGUUUUGGAGCAGAAGUGUACAAUUACUCAUCUCUGAAAACCCAUGAGAAAGAGGUGCUAAUUCCCCCAUACGAGGUGUUUAAAGUCACUGCUAUUGAAGAGAACUCUAAGCACAUAGAAUGUGAUGUAUUGUAUACGCUCAACAGUACUCGUGAAAACAGGAGCACUCUUAAUUGUGAGAAAGUUCCCAUUCUGGAGUAACCAUUCUAGGAAGUGAUAGCAGGAAGCAGGUGAAGCAUUACUCCUGUUUCCCUAAAGCUAAACAGCACAGGUCUUUAACAUUGGACUGCAAAUCCAAAAUGGAUUUGUCCUGGAUCACUGCUAGUUAAUUUGUUAUCACUGUAUCUCUGAUCAAAUAAUAAAGAAUUAUUAUUAUUAUUA